AUGGCUUCAGUAUCGGCAUCGGCAUCGGCUUUAUUAGAGGAAAUCAAGAAGCAACAUGAACCCUGGAUUUUGUACAAGCACAUCCCAAAGAACAUCCUCCUCAUCCUCCUCAGCAUCGCCUGCAUCCCCGUCUCGGCGACGAUAACCAUCGUUUCCCUCCUCAUCACGUACUUCUCGGGAACUUACUAUGAGCUUCCGCGUCCGGGCCCAGAAUCCAAAACAAUCCUCGUCACCGGGGUCUCCAUGACAAAGGGCCUCACUAUCGCCCGGAUGCUUGCGCGAUUCCACCCGCACAGGAUCAUCGCCGCCGACACGGAGCCGUUCCCUCUCAUUUCGCCCGGCCGGUAUUCUCGGGCGAUUACAAAGUUCUAUCGUCUGAAAGCGCCCGGCGCGGUUAGGGCGAGUCGGUAUAUUGACUCUUUGCUUGAUAUCAUACGGAAGGAAAAGGUGGAUCUAUGGAUCAGCUGCAGCAGUGUCGUGGGCGCGGUUGAAGACGGCGAGGUCGCGGAACGAGCGCGGCAGGAGAUGGGGUCUGCGUUCCAGGCCGUCCAGUUUGAUCGCGAAGUCGUGGAGAAGCUGCACGAGAAGGAUGCCUUUAUGGAGUAUAUCCAGAGUCUCGGCCUGCCAACCCCGGAACCGCAUCGGUGCACCUCGGCCACGGAGGUCGAGGACAUACUAGGCUCUAGUACGAAUUUGAACAGCAACGAAACGUUCGAAGCCAGCAAGCGCUUCAUCUUGAAACCCAUCGGCGUCGACGACAAGGCGCGAAGCCAGAUGAUGACCUUGCUCCCCCUCCCGGAAGGACGCGAGGCCACCUCGUCCUACCUAUCUACCCUAACCAUCUCACCCGACAAAUUAUAG